CAUCCUCAACUUCUUCCUAGAGAUCUCAACUACACUAAUUUUAAGCAACACACAUCAUUAUUAUUUUUUCAAGGGUUCUCACAUCACUUGCACAUGCAGGAAUAGAAAAUGUUCCAUACAUAAUGAUUUAUAGCGAGAGCUGUAGGAAGGUUUGGUAAUUUUGGGGGCUCUGACUCUGGGAUUGGGUAAACAGGAUAUAACAUCAUGCCCCCAUGGCUGUGUGUUUGUCUUUACUGUUCUCUUAACACUCGUGUGCAUCACUACUGAGCCUUAUAGCAUCUGAGCUGUUGGGAAAGGAAGCCACAAUGACUGGUCCAAACAAAUCAUUUCUCAUGUUAAACUUCUCUGACAUCUUUAACUACACGGAAUACAACUACACGGACACCUACAUUAUAGAUGUGAUGACCAUAGCAUGCGAUCCUUUCACCUCAUCUCACACUAUUAACAUCGCCGUGUGCAUUUUAUUUGUGCACAUCUUCCUCCUUGCCAUCCCUGGCAAUGUGAUUGUUGGGCUGGUGAUCUUAUCAAACCUGCGGUUUCUUUCUCCAUCCGACAUCUACCUUUUCCAUCUGGUGAUUGCAGACAUACUGCUGGCUCUUACCCUCCCCUUCUCUGCCACCUCCGUCAUCACUGGUUGGAUCUUCGGUGACGUCAUGUGCAAGCUGGUCAACUUAGUCAGAGAGGCUAAUUUCUACACCAGCAUCCUCUUUUUGGUCUGCAUUAGUGUGGAUCGCUACAUGGUCAUUGUGCGUGCCAUGGAGGUCCGGAGAAUCAAAAGAAUGUGGUGUACCUGGGCUGUUUGUGUCAUGGUCUGGCUUUUAGGGUUCCUACUUUCCCUCCCUGCCUUGUACAAUGAAGUCGAGUCCAGCAAAAGAAUUGACGUACUGAUUUGUGCCGAACAUUAUGAACUAGAAAAAGCAGACAAUUGGAGGAUAGCAACUCGUCUGAUGAGGCACUUCCUGGGCUUUCUGCUACCCCUGGGCAUCAUGCUAAUAUGUUAUGGUGUGACAGUGGCCAGGCUGUUGCGGACAAGGGGUUUCCAGCGCCAUAAAGCCAUGAAAGUGAUUGCAGCUGUUAUGGUGGCAUUCUUAUUGUGCUGGACACCCUUCAACUUAUCCACCAUGGUUGAUACACUUCAGAGAGCAAAUCUGGUGAACAAGGACUGUGCAGCUCAAUACUCCGUAAGCAUGGCCAUGUUUAUCACACAGAGCCUGGCGCUGCUGCACUGCUGCGUCAACCCGGUGGUGUACGCCUUCGUCGGACAGAAGUUCAGAACGAGGUUCUUCCACAUUAUCAAGAAGACACGGCCGUUAGAGCGCGGCACGCCGUCGAGAUCCACCAGGUCCACCUCGCAGACUUCAGAAGGUGCAUCCCACUUCCUCUGAACGACAGCUUUUGCAAAAUGUCACCGCAUUGGACAUCACAGUAUAAAUGAACUGAUAUUUAUUAGGAAAGCAAUGCCAAUGUUUGUGCACUGAAAUACUUUAUUAAUGCUUGUAGGCCGAACAUCAAUAAUGAUAUAGUCCCAAAUAAAUCCAAGAUGCUAUCACACUUGCUAUUAUAAGUUGUUUUGAGAAAUUUUAUAUGCACUUUUUUUUGUUUGUUUUGUUUUUUAAAGGCAGUAUGGUGCACAAAUAUUUCUGAUGUGCAAAGAUUCACCGCUUCAUAAUCCCACUUUCCAUCUUCUAAUAUCUGUAAUAUGUUUUACAACAGAAAUGGUCUAUCAUAGCCAGACAUGCUGUCUGCCUUGACACUUUCUUUGUAUGGAAAUGUAUCCGAUUUUUUUUAGGUUAUCUACAAUAAAACACACUAUUGGGCACCAUUAUGUGCAUUUAAACAAGCUCUAGCUGGAUAAUGUAUUGUAAUGCUCUGUCUGCCGUUCCACCAUGAGUCUUCAUUAGAGCUUGUUGCACUUCUCAUCUUAACCACUAGGUUUAGUAAUAAUUCUAUGAAAUUACGAAAGGGAUGAGUGUCACUUAAAUAGAUGAUCAGUAAGAAAAUGGAAUUUUUAAUUCUUGGAGUUUAUCAAUGAACAUCAAAGAUGUACGGCUUUGUUGAACGGCUGCUAUACAUACUGUAUGCACACAGCCUACUCACAGCUGAAAUAUAUUUCAGUAAAGUUUAAUCCUGGAUUAUUAUCUGAUUGGUCUUUAAUAUUUAUUCAUUAAACACAAAGAUUGUGUAUCAGGGUAACGUCAUAGAACUGUUCUCUUUUUUAUUUCCUUAUUAAGUCUUUUUUUGUUGAUGUGUUUUUAUUCAUUGUAGAUGCAACAUAAAACUAAAACUCUUAUCAUACUUAUCUUAUCAUAAUGUAAAGAAUCUUUUUUAAGUGAUUUUUUUUUGUU